AUGGGGUACCCUACGGCGCGAAGCGGUCGUACUUCGGAGCCUCUUUUUGAUUGUACCGGUCUCGUCAUAUGGGAGCACACCCCAUAUAGCCCUCUUUUUCGAUUCCCUAGACUGAGAGCGGCAGGCCGUACGAUGGCUUUUCGAGACUUGAAGUCUGAAGACGGGGACUCGGACCACGGUACAGCUCGCCCCAAUGUAGGUAAUUCACCUUUAGACAUUGGCCUUCAACAACAAGCCCGGGCCCAAUCUUGUCUUCCAGCUCACCUGUCACCGACCAAUCUCCGGGAAGGGCUGGACCUUGGGCUGGGCUGGUUCCCCCUCGACCAUCAAAUCCACCCACCCCCCUUGUCCAAGACUACCUCUAACCGAAGGGCACUAACGCGGUGCCCGCGCGGCGAUCGUCUUCGAGUGCCUCGGGUAUUGUCCCAAAAACACUCUCUUGGUAAACCUUGGUCAGCAGCAGCGCAGGUUGAGCACGUUGUCUACCGCGGCGCCGCUACCUCUGGCUGGGUACCGUCGUGCCGAUCUCGAAGAAUAACCCACGCACCCGGACGGGAAGUUGAUCCAACCAUGACGGCCGAUGAUGUCGUUGCAGCCGGCACUGCGUCCUCUUGGACAACCCUGGUCGUGAGUCUUCAAUUGCAACUUGCAAGAUCAUCCGGAGAAUUCCAGGACAAUGCCACGGUCGUGGAUACAUGA